AUGGCGAACACGUACACGGUUGGUUGGAUUUGUGCCGUUGUAAUAGAAUAUGUUGCGGCUCGAGCUCUUUUGGAUAAGAUUCACGACGGACCGCACACCCGAGCCCCAAAUGACGACAAUGCCUACACCUUGGGAGAGAUAGGAAACCACAAAGUUGUCAUCGCCGUGCUGCCAGACGGAGAAUAUGGAACGUCUUCUGCCGCCAGCGUUGCCAAAGACAUGCUUCGCACUUUCACGAACAUUAGAAUCGCCUUAAUGGUAGGAAUCGGCGGUGGAGCCCCGAGCGCAGCAAAUGAUAUCCGUCUUGGUGACAUAGUCGUCAGCUCCCCGAGAAAUCAGAAAGGUGGUGUAAUCCAGUACGACUUUGGGAAGGCGAUCCAAGGCCAAGGAUUUUGUCGAACAGGCUUCUUGAACCAGCCUCCUACCCUAGUACGAGCGGCAGUCACCGCGCUCAGAGCAGAGUAUAUUAGUGAUGGUCACGGUCUUCAGGACGUUAUUGGCUCAGUCCUCGAGAAGAAACCAAGACUUAGAAAAUCAUACGCCCGACCCGACCCAACUUCUGACGUACUAUAUGGUCCUGCAUAUCUUCAUCACGACGGAACAUGCUGCACAGCGGAUGAUGCCAAUGAUGAAUCCAAGGUCAUCGUUAGGCGGCCCAGAGAGGAAGACGACGAUACCUUGGUUAUCCACUACGGCCUUAUAGCUUCAGGCAAUACAUUGAUGAAGGAUGCUUCAAUCAGAGAUCAAAUCGCGGCUGAGACUGGUGUUCUGUGCUUUGAAAUGGAGGCAGCAGGGCUGAUGAACCAGUACCCAUUCCUUGUUAUUCGUGGUAUAUGUGACUACUCUGAUACACACAAGAACAAAUCGUGGCAGGGUUACGCGGCAAUGGCGGCGGCGGCAUACGCAAAAGCAUUGUUAUGUCGUAUCGCUGCUAGCGAGGUAGAUGAUGAGGAGAGAAUCUCAGCAAUGGUGCUGGAAUAUAUCUCCAGAGCCGAAAAAAACAUACAGAAACUGACAGCCACUGCCCAUCGAAAAGAAGUUGAAGAUAUCCUUGAGUGGUUAACACCGAUGAACUAUGGGCCACUCCAGAGCGACAUCAUUAAACUUCGACAACCCGGAACUGGUCAGUGGUUUCUUGAUACCGAAGAGUACCGGAUAUGGGCGAGCGGCAAUGGUCGCACAUUAUAUUGUCCAGGCAUGCCUGGAGCAGGAAAGACAAUGAUUGCCUCCAUAGUAGUUGACGACAUCCUGCGUGUACACCGGGAUGAUCCUACCCUGGGCAUUGCCUUCAUAUUCUGCAACUUUCAGCGCAACGAGCAACAAACAACAGAGAUGCUAUUGUGUAGUCUUCUCAAACAGCUGGUGGGAUUGCUUCCCACACCUCCCCAGCAGCUGGAUGAUCUUUACGACACCCAUCGAAAGUUAAGGACAAGGCCCUCAGUGCCAGAGCUAUCUAAACUGGUUCAGAUUGUACUAGGAAGCUUCUCUCGUGCCUUUGUCAUUGUUGACGCUUUGGAUGAAUGCCAGAAUUCUGAUGCCUCUCGCGAUCGAUUCUUGAAUGCAUUCUUUGAUAUGCAGGCCUCGACAGGGGUCAACAUUUUCUUAACAUCUCGUACCAUUCCAGAAAUUGAAAACAUGUUGCGUGAAGAGAGAGGCGCUUUAAAGCUCGAGAUUGUUGCUGAACAAGAUGACAUGAAGAAAUAUAUACGUGGGCGCAUGUCAGAAUUGCCGGAAUUCAUCAGAAACGACCUGACCUUACGACAAGAAAUUAUUAUGGGGAUUUCUUCGUCUGCGAAGGGAAUGUUCCUUCUCGCAAAACUUCAGCUUGACUCGCUCAAGGAGACGACAUCGAUUAGAGAAGUCCGCUCGUCCAUAGAACGCACAUCUUCAAAAGAAUUAGGAGUUUAUAACAGCGCGUACGAGGACGCUCUACAGAGGAUCGAAAACCAGUCCCCUCAGAAGUCAGAUUUGGCAAAGCGAGUCGUUUUAUGGAUCACGCACUCACUAAGGCAGCUUUCAGAGACUGAGCUACGAUAUGCUCUAUCAGUGAGACCAGGCAGUCUUUCCUUUGACAACGAUGACCUAGUGCAGAUCGACUUCAUUUCCAUCUGUGCCGGGCUGGUGGUGGUGGAUGUGAACAGUAGCGUUAUACGUCUUGUUCAUCCAACCGCCCAUGGAUUUUUCAAACGAACGGUAGCAAGCCACUUCAGCCAAGGGCACAACAUUCUCGCGGAUGCAUGCAUUACAUAUCUUUCGUAUGAGGACUUUGAAGAUGGACUACCGCCUGACAACGCCAGCUAUCAGACAUGGUUACAGUCAAACCCACUAUAUAUGUACGCCGCGACAGCAUGGGGGUCUCAUGUUCUACUGUUAAAGAAUCAGACCCGGGAAACACUUAGCUCUACUGAAGAGAGGGCAUUACGGUUCCUUAGAAAUCGGAAACUGGUUGAAUCUGCCGGUCACACACUCAUGAUACACGCUUAUUCAAGGCCGGAUGAUUAUACACAACUUAUUAAUGCACCUAAAAGGCCGAACGCAUUUCACAUCGUGGGAUAUUUCGGGGUUGAGAAGCUGCUAUCUGAACUAUCUAAACACUAUACAACCCAGAAAAUAAAUGCCGAUGGCGAGGCAGGAAUUAAGCCAGGUCUGGUUCAUAGACCCCAACCUCUGGAAGUUAUUGACCAACUUGGCCGAACGCCGCUCUUCUGGGCAUCCAUCGAGAACAGGGAGGGCGCCAUGCGACUUCUUGUCGGAUUAGGGGCAUCACUGGAAGCUGCUGAUAACGAUGGCUAUACUCCGCUCAUGUUUGCAACGCAAAGUCAACGGCAUGAUACUAUCAGGCUUCUUGUUGAGCUCGGAGCCUCUCUGGAAGCUGUCGAUAAAGAAGGUACUACUCCGCUCAUAUUUGCAACGCUAAACGAUUGGCAUGAUACUAUAAGGCUUCUUGUUGGACUAGGGGCCUCAGUAGAGGCUGCUGAUAAAAAAGGCCUUACUCCGUUCAAAAUUGCAUCGCUAAACCAACGGCAUGAUACUAUGAGGCUUCUUGUUGGACUAGGGGCCUCAGUGGAGGCUGCUUUUGACGAUGGCUUCACUCUGCUCAUGAUUGCAACGCUAAACGAACAACAUGAUACUGUAAGGGUUCUCGUGGAGCUCGGGGCUUCAAUUGAUAGUCCUUGUAAACGCGGUGAGACGGCCCUUCAUUACGCGGCAUUUACAGGUCAAGAAACCAUGGUACGGCUUCUUGUUGACCAGGGUGCUUCAAUUGACGUUCGUGAUGGAGAGGGAAAGACCCCGAUUGAGUGUGUAAGAGAAAAGGACAACGAGGCUAUCGUGCAACUGCUCACUAGGUAG